AUGCACCUCGGCCGCACCACGCGCCCCCUGGCGGACACAGCCGCCCCGACGGGACGGGAAGGGAACGGAGGGACGCGGCCGCGGGGGGACGACGACACCGACACGGCGCGGGGCACACGGACGGCACCGCGGCGGGCGCCCGGCGAGGCCAGACAAGCAGCCGGGGCCGGGGAUGUGGGGCAGCCGUCGGGGCGCGGAUUUAUGAAUGGGAAGCCCCGGCCCUCGGCCCCGCCCCGCCCCGCCCAUUGGCCGCCGCGGGCCCCGCCCCGCCCCCCCGCCGGCUCGCCCCGCGCUCGGGCCGCCCGCGCCGUCGGGGCCGGUCGGCGCCGCCGCGGCCAUGGCCCGUCGCCCGCCGCCCCGCCGCGCCCCGCCGCCAUGAGGCGCGGGGGCCCCGCCGCCCUCGCCGCCUGCCUCGCCGGGGCGCUCGCCGUGCUGGCGGGGCCGGGGCCGGGGCCGAGGCCGGGGCCGGGGGCGGGCGGUGCCGCCUGGGGCGGCCGGCGGCCCCCCCGCAGCUACGACCACCUGGAAGGCGACGUGCGCUGGCGGCGGCUCUUCUCCGCCACCCGCUUCUUCCUGCGCAUCGACGGCGGCGGCAGCGUGGAGGGGACGCGCUGGAGGGAGCGGCCGGGCAGCAUCGUCGAGAUCCGGUCGGUGCGUGUGGGCGUCGUGGCCAUCCGGGCGGUGCACACCGGCUUCUACCUGGCCAUGAACAAGCAGGGGAGGCUCUAUGGGUCGAAGGAGUUCAGCCCCAACUGCAAGUUCACGGAGCGCAUCGAGGAGAACGGCUACAACACCUACGCGUCGCUGCGCUGGCGGCACCGGGGCCGCCCCAUGUUCCUCUCGCUCAAUAGCAAGGGCAGGCCGCAGCGAGGGGGCAAGACGCGCCGGCAGCACCUCUCCACCCACUUCCUCCCCAUGCUCGUCAGCUGAGCCCCGCCGGCGGCUCCGGACCGUGCUGUAGGAGAGAAAAAAAAAAAAAAAAAAGAAAAAAAAAUGGAAAAAAGGGUUAUUUUAUUUAUGUAUAUAUAUAUUUUUUUUUUUUUGGCUAUUUAUUGUUUUGUUUUUAAAUGCACGGCGGAGGAUGGAUGUGGAAGGCAGACGAGCCAGACGCGGCUCUCCCCACCGUCCCGGAGGCGUGGUGGAGCGCGGCCGCAGCGUGGCCACCGCGUGCUGGGGCCACCGCCAUUGCACCCUGGCUCACACAGCCAGGCCCAGGUGGCCGGCACCGCGCUAACGGCAUCUCUGCAGGGGCUGGGACGCGACGGCGGGUUGUAUUUGUCUUGUGUCCAAGCACCUGUGGCAAUUAAAGCUGUGUUCGUGGUACGGAACGGGGAGCUUUGGAGCUUCCAUGGUGGGCUUGGCGCGGGCUGGGGGGUUGGAUCCCCUGGGGUCCCUGCUGCUGCCGCUGCGGGGCAUGGCCGGUCCCCACCACGUCCAGCUCCUCCUCGAUUCCCACCAUCACCCCAACCCAAAACCUC